GGUCGUGCUGCAGCCGCGGCAGUGAUUGCCGGGCGAAGGCGGAGUGAAGCCAGUGGCUUGAGGUGCGGGCGCGGAUGGGCUUCCGGUAGCGUUGUGGGGGCGGUUCCAGGGAAGCCUGGGCCCCUGGUAGGGGCACUCCGGGCCGUCGGCCCUGCAGCCCGCCCCUUCCCGGGCCCAUGGCGGGGGCGGGGGGCGGGCCAGGGGGCUCAGGCUGGACCUGGCGGCCGGUGGCGUGGGACCCGCUGCUGGCGCGAGCCUUCCAUUCAUGCACCGAACUGCGGGGACGGUUCUAUUUGGUGGGAGGUCUCCUGGCCGGAGGAGCGAGAGAGCCGAGCAGUGAUACAGUGGUCUUCGACCCGGCUGGGGGCCAGGCCGUGCGGGUGGGAGCCCUGGGCGGCCCGAGGCGCAGCCACCACGACGCGGCGCCGGUGGGCGGGCGCUGGCUCUGUGUGGUGGGCGGCUGGGACGGGUCACGCCGCCUAGCCACAGUGGCCGCCCUGGACACGGAGCGCGGGGCGUGGGAGGCGUGGACCCCCGCCCCCGGCAGCUGCCCCCCUGCCGGCCUCACUAGUCAUACCUGCACCCGCCUCUCCGACCGAGAGCUGCGGGUGGCAGGCAGGGAGGGCGGGACCCGCACUCAGCGUCGUUACGGAAGCAUCUACACGUUAAGGCUGGACCCUGACGCCCGCACCUAUUGCUAUAAGGAAGAAGGCUGCCGCACAGCCUCACGUUCAGGUCACUGCGCUGCCCUGCUGCAAAGUUCUGGGCCCCGCCCAGGUCACCAGUUAUUGCUCUUUGGGGGCUGCAAUUCAGCUGAACCAGAAGUAGCUGGGCAAUGGAAUCACGGGAAGAUUAAGGAGGAACCACCUGUUGCCCCCGGUUUGAUGGAACAGCUUGCAAGGCUCGUGGGCGGUGGGCAGGGGUCCCGGCAGGGGCCUCGAGGACUACGGCAUCACUCCUGUUCUGUGGUUGGGCCCUUUGCUGUGCUGUUUGGUGGAGAAACUCUGACUAGAGCCAGAGACACCAUCUGCAAUGACCUCUACAUCUAUGAUACCAGAAAGUCUCCUUCUCUGUGGUUCCACUUCCCCGGUGCAGACCAUGGGCUAAAACGUAUGGGCCAUCGGACCUGCCUUUGGAAUGAUCAGCUCUACCUGGUUGGGGGUUUUGGUGAGGAUGGCAGGACAGCUAGUCCACAGGUUUGCAUUCUGGACCUCUUUAUCUAAAGAAUGGUGCCAAGAUACACCGCUAAGCCUCUGUUUUGUUGCAAAUUCAUAGAGCAUUAUCAACAGAGCUAUCUGCCUCAUUUCAAAUGCUGAUUAAAUUCCAGUCUG